ACUUCCGUUCACGUCACUGCUUGUUGUCAAUUGCUUCCCUCGAACGACGAUAAUAAACCUCCCAGUAUUCAUCAGAAACUAUCCAAUUUUCAAGUAUAAAGUAUGAAGCCUUUUUAAAUCAAUGUCAAAUUGAACGCUUAGUACUACAUUACGUAAAAUCGAACUGUACAAAUAUUGUACCGGGGGGCUUUCCGUACUGCGGGAUACUAGCCCCGCCACGGCCACCGAGAGCUCCAGCAGCACUCCCCUUAUUAUCGCUCCUCUCCCGGUAAAUUUGCCUCGAUGCUGGGGUAAACCUUACAAUGUCUGCUUUGGGAGGUGGAACGAGGGGUUUUUAUUUCAACACGGUGCUAUCACUGGCCCGCUCAUUAGCUGUACACCGUCCCGCGCCUCUUGAAAAGGUCCAAAAGUUACAAUGCAUGUGUCCAGUAGAGGUACGAGGGGUGUUCACCUUGGAUGUGAGACGCAGAGAUGCUGUCAUUGCGCUGGCUGUGUUCCUCGUGGAAUCGGAAUUACAGCACAAAGACAUACUUGUUUCCUACUUGCUGGGCCUGCUGAAGGGUCUACCGCGGGUCCAAUGGAUCGAGGAGAGCUUGGGGAAAAAAGGAAGGGAUUCUCUUCCGGUUGCGGAAAACUUCAGUUUCUGCCUUGUAACCCUGUUGUCCGAUGUGGCCCAGAAUGACCCGGACUCCAGACCGCAGAUUCUGGAUGCUGUCAUGCAAGUCAUGCAGAGUCUCCAGGCGAUGUGUCAGACCCCAGAAAACCACGAUAAAGUUUACCUGUGCAGGUACACUGUCCCGUGCCUCAUCGGUGUGAUGCGUGCGUUCGGUCGCUACAGCAGCACCAACGAGGCGCUGCUGUCCAAGCUGUUCCCCAGAGACGCCCCGCAGCCCCGGCAGGUGACGGAGGAGACGGAGGGCGUGCGGCGGCGGUCCUUCAACGACUUCCGCUCCAUCCUGCCCUCGUCACUGCUGACCGUGUGCCCGACGGACACGCUGCGCAGACGCACAGGCACCCAACUGGAUGUAUCCACGCAGGUCAGUCCAGACGCUGGAGGUCAUUCGCCCUGCUCCCCCACAACACCUGGCCCCCACCUCUUUGAAGGUGCCUAUUUCCCCGACUGUAGCCCAGUAGACCCGGACCAGUACUUCACCACAGUCGGCUCCAGUUUCUCCAUGUCUCCUCUGCUGUUGGGUGGAGGCGGGGAGGAGCUGGAGGUGCCAGUACAGUUGCUCAAACAGCUUCUUAGCAUGGUGAAGGAUUUCGUCUCGGAGUCCUUCCUAAAGUCAAUGGAUGCUACGAUGCUGGAGGUGACCGAGAGUAAUCCAGGCACCAACCUAUAUUACAAAACCUUCAGCGACCCGCUCUAUGUCUGCGUGUUUAAAAUGCUCAGAGACACCCUUUACCACUUGAAAGCCCUGCAGGCGGCCUUCGUGCGCGAGGUGCACGACUUUGUCCUGGAGGAGUUCAGCAGCAGCCAGUCUGAGCUGCAGCGCGUCCUGCACGACACGGGGAGCACGCACGGGGAGGCCAGCUCGCUAAAGCUCCGUUGCCAGGCCAACGCCGCCUGCGUGGACCUCAUGGUGUGGGCGGUCAAAGACGAGCAGGGGGCGGAGAACCUGUGCACCAAACUCUCCGAGAAGCUCCAGUCCAAAACCUCCAGCAAGAUCAUCAUCGCUCACAUGCCUCUCCUCAUCUGUUGCCUCCAGGGUCUGGGGCAUCUGUGUGAGAGGUUUCCAGUGGUGGCCCACUCAGCCUCCACCUCCCUCAGGGACUUCCUGGUGGUCCCCUCCCCUGUUCUGGUUAAGCUCUUCAAGUACCACAGCCAAAGCAACGCAGGAGAAAUUAGGAUCAACGUGACCAAUGAGCAUUCACAGUCAACCUUCACCAUGCUAUCGAACAGAAAGGACCAGUCCUCGAUGUACGAACAGCUGCGGGACAUCUGCAUUGACAACAUUUGCAGGUGUUUGAAAGCGGGUCUCACCAUGGAUGCUGUCAUCGUGGAAGCUUUUCUAGCUAGCCUAUCCAACCGGCUCUACAUCUCGCAAGAGAAUGACAAGGAUGCUCACCUGAUCCCGGAACACACCAUCCGGGCCCUGGGACACAUCUCGGUGGCUCUGAGGGACACUCCGAAGGUCAUGGAGCCCAUCCUGCAGAUCCUGCAGCAGAAGUUCUGCCAGCCCCCCUCCCAGCUGGACGUUCUCAUAAUAGACCAGCUGGGCUGCAUGGUCAUCACAGGAAACCAAUACAUCUACCAGGAAGUGUGGAACCUGUUCCAGCAGAUCAGUGUGAAAGCCAGCUCUGUGGUCUACUCAGCCAAAGACUACCGAGACCAGGGCUAUAGGCACUGUUCCCUCGCGGUGAUAAAUGCUCUUGCCAAUAUCGCAGCCAACCUACAGGGGGAGCCACUAGUGGACGAGCUAAUGGUGAACCUGCUGGAAUUGUUUGUUCAGUUGGGCCUGGAAGGAAAGAGGGCCAGUGAGAGAGCGUCGGACAAAGGACCAGCUCUUAAGGCAUCAGGCAGUGCUGGUAACCUGGGGGUCUUGAUUCCAGUCAUAGCUGUGUUGACCAGAAGACUUCCGCCAAUCAAAGAAGCCAAGCCCCGCCUCCAGAAGCUGUUCCGUGAUUUCUGGCUGUACUCAGUGGUCAUGGGCUUUGCUGUGGAGGGCUCAGGCCUUUGGCCAGAGGAGUGGUACGAAGGGGUGUGUGAGAUCGCCACCAAAUCUCCGCUUCUCACCUUCCCCAGCGGCGAACCACUCCGCUCAGAACUGCAGUACAACUCUGCUCUGAAAAACGACACUGUCACACAGGCGGAGCUGAGUGAGCUUCGCUCCACCAUCAUUAAUCUACUUGACCCGUCUCCGGAAGGCUCCACCCUCAUCAACAAGCUGGACUUUGCCAUGUCGACCUACCUGCUAUCGGUCUACCGACUUGAGUACAUGAGGAUGCUGCGUUCCAACGACGCUGACCGCUUUCAGGUCAUGUUUAGGUACUACGAAGACAAAGCCAUUCAGAAGGACAAAUCUGGCAUGAUGCAGUGUGUCAUCUGCGUCGGCGACAAGGUGUUUGAUGUCUUCCUCCAGAUGAUGGCUGAGAAGCCCAAGACCAAAGAACAUGAGGAGGAGCUGGAGCGACAUGCCCAAUUCCUAUUGGUCAACUUCAACCACACUCACAAGAGGAUCCGCAGAGUGGCCGACAAAUACCUUUCCGGCUUGGCUGAGAUGUUCCCACACCUGCUGUGGAGCGGGCGUGUCCUGAAGACCAUGCUGGACAUUCUGCAGACUCUGUCGUUGUCUCUGAGUGCUGACAUUCACAAGGACCAGCCUUACUAUGACAUCCCUGACACUCCACACAGGAUCACGGUCCCCGACACGUAUGAGGCCAGAGAGAGCAUUGUGAAGGACUUUGCUGCGCGCUGUGGUGAGAUCUUAAAGGAAGCCAUGAAAUGGGCUCCUUCAGUCACCAAGUCCCAUCUCCAGGAGUACUUGAACAAGCACCACAACUGGGUGUCAGGGCUGUCCCAGCACACAGGCCUGGCCAUGGCCACUGAGAGCAUCCUACACUUUGCUGGCUACAACCGACAGAGCACCACUCUUGGAGCUGCUUUCCCUCAGAGCACUCAGCUGACCGAGAGGCCGGCGUGCGUGAAGAAGGACUACUCCAACUUCAUGGCCUCCCUCAACCUACGCAACCGCUACACAGGAGAGGUGGCUGGUAUGAUUCAGUUCUCGGAGGCCACGCACAGCCAGGCUGACCUGAGCAAGCUGAUGGUCCAUCAGAUGAGCCUCGCCCUGGCCAACCAGAACCCUGAAGAGUUCACACAGGCCAUGUUCAAGAUGGCCGCCCUGCUGAUCACCACCAAAGACUGCGAUCCCCAGCUACUGCACCAUCUGUGCUGGUCUCCCCUGAAGAUGUUUACUGAGCACGGCAUGGAGACUGCUAUUGCAUGCUGGGAGUGGCUUCUGGCGGCCCGCAACGGAGUGGAGGUGCCGUUCAUGCGUGAGAUGGCGGGUGCUUGGCAGAUGACGGCAGAGCUCAAGAUGGGCCUCUUCUCCGAGGCCAAGGUGGAGGCCGACCCUCUGGCCGCCUCCGAAGAGAGCCAGCCUGCCCCCUGCCCCCCCGACGUCACCCCUCACUUCCUGUGGACAGAGUUCCUGGUGCAGAGGUUUGAGAUCGCCAAGUACAGCAGUGCGGACCAGGUGGAGAUCUUCACCUCCAUCCUAAAACGGUCGCUGUCACUCAGCGUGGGCGGGGCCAAGAGUAGCCUCAACAGACACGUGGCCGCCAUUGGUUCAAGAUACAGGCUGCUGACGCUUGGCCUGACCGUUCUGCACGCCGACGUCCUGACCAACGCAACCGUCAGGAACGUCCUGCGGGAGAAGAUCUACUCGACGGCCUUCGACUACUUCUGCGUGACUCCCAAGUUCCCCACCCAGACGGAGAAGAGGCUCCGGGAGGACAUCAGCAUCAUGAUCAAGUUCUACGCCAACCUGCUGUCGGACAAGAAGUACCUGGCAGCCAGCCAGUUGGUGCCCCCAGACCCACAGGACAUGUCUGUGAACAGCCUGUCUGUGAUGACGGUGACGGACAGCCGCAACAGCCUGGACGCGGCGGUGGGCCAGCGGCAGCAGGCGGUGGCCCAGGGGUGGAUCAACACCUACCCCCUGUCCUCCGGGAUGUCCACCAUAUCCAAAAAGUCGGGAAUGUCAAAGAAGAGCAACAAAGGAUCUCAGCUUCACAAGUACUAUAUGAAACGCAGGAUUCUUCUGCUGGCCCUACUGGCCAGUGAGAUCGAGCGGCUGACCACGUGGUACAACCCGCUGUCCACCCCGGAGCUGCUCAUCGCCACAGAGCAGUCGGUGGAGACCAGCAUCGCCAACUGGAGGUCCAAGUACAUCAGCCUCACGGAGAAGCAGUGGAAGGACAACGUCAACCUGGCCUGGAGCAUCGCGCCCUACCUGGCCCUGCAGCUGCCCGCCAGGUUUAAGAACACGGAGGCUAUCGUGUCGGAGGUCACCCGCCUGGUGCGCAUGGACCCGUCCGCGGUGUGUGACGUUCCUGAGGCUGUCAAGUUCCUGGUCACCUGGCACACCAUCGACGCCGACUCCCCGGACCUGAGCCACAUCCUGUGCUGGGCGCCGGCCGACCCCCCCACCGGCCUUUCCUACUUCUCCUCCAUGUACCCCCCCCACCCGCUCACGGCCCAGUACGGGGUCAAAGUGCUGCGCUCCUUCCCGCCGGAUGCCAUUUUGUUCUACAUCCCUCAAAUCGUCCAGGCCCUCCGUUAUGACAAGAUGGGCUACGUGAGGGAGUACAUCCUGUGGGCCGCCCAGACCUCCCAGCUGCUGGCCCACCAAUUCAUCUGGAACAUGAAGACCAACAUCUACCUGGACGAGGAGGCGCACCACAAAGAUCCUGACAUAGGGGAGCUGCUGGAGGAGAUGGUGGAGGAGAUCACAGGCUCUCUGUCAGGCCCUGCCAAGGACUUCUACCAGCGAGAGUUUGACUUCUUCAACGAGAUCACAAACGUCUCGGCCCUCAUCAAACCCUACCCAAAGGGCGACGAGAGGAAGAGGGCCUGCCUGAAGGCCAUGGCGGAGAUCAAGGUCCAGCCGGGUUGUUAUCUGCCCAGUAACCCAGAGGCCAUUGUCCUAGACAUAGACUACAAAUCCGGGACCCCACUGCAGAGCGCGGCCAAAGCUCCCUACCUCGCCAAAUUCAAAGUGCGGCGGUGUGGAGUGAGCGAGCUGGAAAAAGAAGGUCUUCUGUGCAGCUCCGACUCUAUGGACGAGGCCAAGAGCGAAGACGAGGCCAAGCGGAUCGUCUGGCAGGCGGCCAUCUUUAAAGUGGGAGAUGACUGCAGACAGGACAUGCUGGCCCUCCAGAUCAUCGGACUGUUCAAGAACAUCUUCCAGCUGGUGGGACUGGACCUCUACGUGUUCCCCUACAGAGUGGUGGCCACCGCCCCGGGGUGUGGCGUGAUCGAGUGCAUCCCCGACUGCAAGUCUCGGGACCAGCUGGGGCGGCAGACUGACUUUGGCAUGUACGACUACUUCAGGAACCAGUACGGGGACGAGUCCACACUGGCCUUCCAGAAGGCGCGGUACAACUUCAUCCGCAGCAUGGCUGCCUACAGCCUGUUGGUCUUCCUGCUGCAGAUCAAAGACCGACACAACGGCAACAUUAUGCUGGACAGCCAGGGACACAUCAUCCACAUUGACUUUGGCUUCAUGUUUGAGAGCUCCCCGGGGGGUAACCUGGGCUGGGAGCCGGACAUCAAGCUGACCGACGAGAUGGUGAUGAUCAUGGGGGGCAAGAUGGAGGCCACGCCGUUCAAGUGGUUCAUGGAGAUGUGUGUGAGAGGAUACCUCGCUGUCCGCCCCUACAUGGACGCGGUGGUCUCCUUGGUUACGCUGAUGCUGGACACCGGCCUUCCCUGCUUCAGAGGACAGACCAUUAAGCUUCUCAAGCAGCGCUUCAAUCCGGCGGUGAGCGAGAAGGAGGCGGCCAGCUUCAUCAUCAAGGUCAUCCAGAACUGCUUCCUCAGCAGCAGGAGUAAAACGUAUGACAUGCUCCAGUACUACCAGAACCAGAUCCCCUACUAGACUCCUGUGCCUAAAUAUGUGCAUGGCUGCUGCUUGAUGGUGUGUGUGAGAGUGUGUGUGCGUGUGUGUGCGUGCGUGCGUGCGUGCGUGCGUGCGUGCGUGCGUGCGUGCGUGCGUGCGUGCGUGCGUGCAUGCGUGUGUUUGUGUGCAUGUGCCCACCAGAGCGACAGCAUGUGCCAGUUUAAGUUUCCGUGCCUAUAUGCUGGUACUUGUCAACAUCGACGGUGGUUCUUUGUUAAAGAUAUGGCCGCUGUGAUCGCUUUGCUUUCUUUUCUCCACUGUAUCAAAUUCUUUAUCUAUUUUUUGGUGGUUAUAUUUAUUUUUUGCUCAAAGUUGGUACAAACAUAUGUAUAUACAUAUAUAUGUUUAUAUACAUAUAUAUGUAUAUACAUAUGUAUGCAUAGAUACUAAAUAUAUAUAUAUAUAUUUAGAGAGAGAUCGAUCUAUAUUGUUGUAUUGCCGUUAAUGUUAUUUUAUUGCACUGGCAUCUUGAUUUGUGUGCACUUGGAUUAAAUAACAGUUUACCGCACGUUCAGUCAUUUGACACUUUGAUAAUGUUGGUGCCAAAUUAUACAUAUUUGUAAUGUAGGUGAAAAUAUGCGAAAUGUCCGACUUUCUGGGGUAGUGGUUUUACUCUUUGUUUUGAGGAAGAUUGGAUACUUGAACUAGAAUUGUUUCCGUUCGGACCAAUGUGGCCUCUGCUCUGGUCUCGUACUACUGUGCUUCUCUUUUUUAAUGGACCAAUCAAAGUAAUUAUGUCUGGCAUGGUACCUGUCCACUGGUGGUAAUUAACAGUGACGACCUGACCGUAUGAACCUGGGCUUCACUUGGCUUUGGCCAGGGAACCUGGUUGUGUCCGGACUCGCCAAAGGAAAAAGAUGCACGUAUAUUUUCGGUUGAGCUAUAAGUUAACGCAUUGCCAAUGGGAUGGGGCCUGUAGGCCUACAUUGAUCACACAUUGAGAUUUUUUUUUGGGUUAAAAUUAAAGGAACCGAUUUGCACUUGCUGUUACUCGUACAUUAUAACAUGUUGCCAGUACAAAGAGAUAUCUAGUCUGAAUUACUUCAAAUCAAAAAUGCACCAGCCCUAGUCCAUACGGUUGUCUUAGACCUCUAUAUGAUGUUAAUGAUUGUAAUAAAAUAAAGUAAAUUCCUCUAUUUGUAUAUUUAUAUAUCCAUGAAGCAUUUUCUGUCACUUUUUCUAUCGGUACACAUUUUAACUGGAAUGGUCAUAGGAUAUGAAAUAUAAUAAAGAUCUUGGUAAAUGACCUGUCGUCACUGUCUAAAUAUCUUAUUUUGUCCUUUUGUCCUCUGAAUUAAAGAAAAUGGUUGCCAGCAAAAGCCUCUGCAUAUAAGCACACUAUCAACUCUUUUUGAAGAAUUAUUAAUGUGUGUAUUAUUACCUUAUGCAAAUGGUAGUGUGAGACGAGCCAUGUAUUGAUUAGGUUAAAGGUGAGUGGUGUUGUUUUCCAUGUUAGACAUGGCCCGUUUGUAACGUAGUAGAUCCAUUGGAAUGGUAGGCUAAUAUGGUCAAAACAUGAUCCGAUAAGAGGGUUUGUAAAUUGUUAAUAAGUGACAUUCAGGCAAUAAAUGCAGCUAUAAAAGACCUAUAAAAAAGAUAAGUGUCCUUGGCUGUUAUUAGUCUCUUUGAUUAUUUUUUUUACUGCCAUUGUAGGAUUAUUUUUUUGAGGUGAUUGCCACACUCAUUAUAUAUGAAUUAGUCGUUGAAUUUGGUUUCUGAUGUU